AGAGAAGGAACUCAAGUGCAAGUAGAAGUUUAUCACCUGCAGUCUAUACCCAGACUAUUGGACUUAGCAAACCAUCUUCUGUUGAAGCUCUUAAUACAUGCUGUGGUAAAUCAGAUCAAUCAAACAUUUAUUCUUUGCCUCGACCUCAAAGAAUGAAAAAAAUCAAUUCAUUUGGAUCUUCAUCAGCUUUGCACUGCCAAAAUUUAGAACUGCUUCGUGGUAGUCUUCCUAACAUUAAUAAGGGGUAUUACAGCCUAAGAGCAAAGAAACCAAAUCGCUCAAGUGAUCAAAGGAUGCCAUGUCCAUUACCAAUUUACCCUUCUUAUUUGAAAGCACAGGUGAAUGGAUCAAUGACUGAGAUCUCAGCUAACUACAAACCUGCUUCUUCAUCUUAUGAUCAACAAGGCUCAAGAACACUUCCAUCAUCCUAUAGAAUUCAUUCUAGAAACAACUCCUCUAAAAGAGAUUUAACUUCACUGACACCCUCGCCUAGACGUGAGUCGUCGCCUUUCUUCCCAAGUCAUCAAAAUGGCUCAGCUUUUAACAUGGGGAGAAGAGAGUCUGCACCUGGAAGCUCAAGGCGGUUUUUGUCACCAGCAUCAUCACCAACCGCAUACCAAAGAAGUAUUGGCUCAACAACUUCAUUGCAAAGUCCCACCAAAUCAAGCAAUAAUUCCUCAAGAAAUGUUGGAUCUUCCAAUUUGGAACAUCAUCGAUCAGUAUCACAUUCCUCAUCAAGGCGCCAACCUUUAACUACAGUUCACAAUCGCUCGCCGCAACGAGGCACUAGUCCAGCAUCAUAUCAAAAUGGAGAAUUUCACACUGCAAAAAUACCAUCAAAAAUACCUAGUCCAGCGUUAAAAUCUGGAAUACCGGUGCCUUCAGGUGCAUCAAAGGCUACUACUGAAGAUAAUUGGAGUCAUGAUUGCUUUUGACCAAAUUUUUUGAUUGUGUGUAAUUUUAUGUACUAUUUGUUAAAAUGCUACUUGUGUGCCUACAAUCUUGUUGCCAAUAAUUUUAUAUUGCCAUACUUAAUAUUAAUUUUAAAUUAUGCUUCCAAGGAGGAAGUGUUGUUAAAUUGAAUACAAUGUUUGAUAUGCAUGUAAAACGUUUGUUUAUAAAUAGCCUUGCUACACAUUUUAUAUGUUACAAAUUUUAUUCGCAGAAUUUGUAAUGAAUUUUUUUCUCCUGAAGUUUGGAA